UUACUAAAGAAAUCUAAACAUCCCGAAGGGUGCCCACCGUGGUGCAGUGGCUGUUGAUGAUGGCUCUGCAGACCCGGGCUCACAUCAAUGCCAGUGUGAGGUCUGCGUGUUCUCCCUGUGCUCAGCUGGCUUAGUCAUCUUGACUCUGAUGUGAAUGAAAAGUGGACGAGUCUGUCAAAGACCACCGUCUGGUCCAGGGUGGGUUCUCAGGCUGGGCACUGAUGAGCCUGAACCGGACUGCUGGCUUAGGAAUUGAACAGACAGAUUGGCAUUAAAGUGAAGAUUCAGCACAAGUAUGCCACAGGGCCAGCCUGGCAUGAAUCAGGGCAAUGCCAAGCACUUUCUUAUCUCAUUUGGCCGUUUAUUGUAUUCAAUCCACUGUACCCUCUUUACGGUGCCCGUGCCCACUGCAUUCACAAGAGGACUUGGCAUGAAGGCGUCCCUGAAACCCAGCAGGCAGGCUGCCAUUUGCACUGCUGGGGGACAGCAGUGCCACCUGCGUGUCAAGUCAGGACGUGGUGGUGACGUUCGUCAGUCACACGAGCACGGGUUCAAUCACAGCCGUCUGUGGGACGAUCGCACCUGGGACAGGACAUGGGAAGCGUCACAAGAGACAGCCAGCGGGCAGAGUGGGCAGAGUGGGCAGAGUGAUGUCACGGGUGACGUCCGGUGAGGGUCUGAGCGAUCAGGGCGUGGCUGCCUUCCCUUUUCAUGUGCGGCCUCUUUGAUGUCAGUCAGCUGGUCGUUGUCGAGCCCGCUAGAUCCUAACACAGGGUCACGGGGUCUGCUGGAGCCAAUCCCAGCAGCACAGGGCACAAGGCAGGAAACAAACCCCAAACUGCGGAGUGAAAGUGGGGAUCACGUGACACAUUCCGCUCCGAACCUGGCAGGCUGGUGAGACUGGGCACUGCGACUGGUCGCCAAUGUAGUGAUGUGCCCAGUAUCUACAGGCUGGCAGUAAAUUGUCCCCUUUCUUUUUUUUGAACUAAUUGCUUUAUCUUUCAGAUUUACGCACAUUUAAAACCAGACGCGAUCCGAAAAAAAUGAAAAGAAGACAACUUGAUUUCUACGUAAAAAGCGGAGAGGAUGGCGGGGCAGAUGUUAGAGCGGAGAGGACGUACAAGAUGGCGGGGCAGAUGUUAGAGCCGAGGCUGGCGCUUCGCUGCUCCGACUUUGACUUCUCUUUCUGUCGACCUUCACUGCAGUAGAAGUCGUUUUCAUGUAGCGCCCUUCACCGAGCACGCACGCACACAGAGCUCCUCGUGUAAAAGCCAAGCAGAGACUUUAGAAAUAAAUAAAUUCACAAGCAGCACUCAGAAAGACGAAACGACGUUCUGCGAAAACGACCAGCAGCACCCGUCUGCCCGUUAAUGAAGAAAAGGAAAAGCGUCCACGACAAUCCGAACGAAAUGAAGUUCACUAAACGUCCUGCCAGCUCUGCAAAGGCUUCCGUGGACCACAAUGCAACAAAAAGGGGCGGCGCAUUAUGCAGAUCAGCACACACAAUUAUGCAAAUACGGGACGAUUGGUUUAUUUGAAGUUGAAUGAAACGAACCCAAGUGUUUGUAGUGAAAAUGGCCACAGCACGUCCAAUCUGAGGGCGAGUGACAUGAUGACAACAAGUCACCCCUUUGUAACACUUUAGAGAUUCGCGUCACUAGAUGGACGAGCGGCAGCACGCCGAUCCUUUUGGGUUCGACUCGCUGAAGUCUGCGGUGUCAGGUGAACGUCGCCGUUGAUUCGGUGCCUUCAGUGCUUUUACUUGUCAGUGCCACCCGCUCUUUAGCCUUCCCUUUUCUGUCGUCGUGUCGCACAUUGCAGCCCAUCUCCUGUCUGGCCUGGCACCACGAUGCCAGGCUCUCCAGCUCCUGAACUCUGUUAGAAAUGAGAGGCGACACAAUCUUGACAAUGGAGUGCAGUCCCAGCUGUGAAGGGAAUACAGCAGGGGACACGGGACACACCCUUGAGGGGCUCCGGAUGACAGUACAGGAGACUCGACAAUCCCACCCUCGCCACCACUCGGAGAGUCCAAAACGCCUCCAUGACUUUUGUCGUUCGGUCGUUCGCCCCACCGGCAGGAGGGCGGUUUGCUUCUGGGACAAUGGCAGACUUCUUCAAACUUGUGGGGACCACUGACUGACUGGGAAUGUCCCACCGCCGUCUUGAAAUGCGAGAUUAGGAGUUUCGACUCAGCUGUAAUACAAUUUAAUGUAAAAAAAUAUGAAGUGAGUCUGAUGGAGAGUUAAAGUCUUUAAUGGAGUUUUAAAAUCUAAAGCACUUAAGGCCCCUUCUGCCAGUGAACGACAGAUAAUAAUCUCCGUUAAGACUCCCUGAUGGGUUUAUUAAUCCAAAUUAAACUAACCAUUGAUUUAAAUAAGUGAGGUCGGUACCCCAAAACAGGUGAACCCUAAAGCGGUCUGGAUAAAGACGCACAUUGAGAUGAAAGGACCGGAGCGCCGAGACAGGCCUCGCGAGAAGCCCACGGCGAGACCAGAAAGGCGCUAUAUAAAUAAAGGUUUUAUGAUGAUGACCGUAUAAAAGGAUAAAACGUGAGAUGCUGUCUAAUAUUUGAUUUUCUGUGACUCUAUCACUGAGGGCAGGGAUGCAGCAGAGGUGCCAUCACUUGAGACGAGUUCACCUUUAGACACACACGCACACGCACACGCACACGCACACGCACACGCACACGCACACGCACACACUCCGGCUGCAGACAUCAAAUGGCCUUCUCAGCUCCUGACUGCGCGGGCGGCCAUCGGCUGAAUGUCAACAUUUCAUUUCUUCAUCCCGUUUCUGAACACCCUGACGAUCUGCUUUUCAGAAUUUGUGCGUCAAUGACGUGUGCGAGCAGACCUGCGCUCGGCGGCCAUCCUGUCGCCUGUCCUCAAUGUCACCAACGCCAAAUAGACCGAGAACGUUAAAAGUAAAAGAAUGUUCAGCUCUGCCAAAAGCUUUGUAAAAGUCCAACAUAAAGAGAAGCGAUCCACGUCAAUACAUCCCUGGUGGUCUGUAAGAUGUGACACUGGCGUCGCAUCAAUGUCGUCUUUUUAUAAAGCCCCUCAAUAGCGGACUCAGGUUCUGCUGUGGGACUUUCCCCCCACCCGCAUUAAUCAAAGCGACAUGUCAGCAAGGGAUCUUAAUUGUUUUUGGGGGUUAAAGCUUUUCAGCCUGAGCAAAUGACGUAGGUAAGACCCCCAAGUCAAUGAAUGUUUCCCCCCGGAAUCUCGUGACUGGACGGCAGCUGACGAAACGCGACCUAAAAGUAAAUACAUAAAUGCAUCAAUAAAAUAAAUCUCCACCAUCUAUGUAUGUGUUUCUUUAUUGAUUUGAGCCAAGGAUCCAUUGAUUGAUUGAUUUUAUCAAGUCAAGUUUCAUCUUACUUUGAUAAGCCGGACGAGUCACAGGGCGUCACCCUGCGCGCCGACCACGCCCCUCGCCGAGCUACUCCAAUAGCCACGCUGUAUGCAAAUGAGGCCUCACUUCUCCCCUGCGCGGAGUGCCCGCGGCUCCCCAUUCUGAGCAGACGAGCGCGGAGGCGGACGCGGAGCUCCACGAUGCACGAGCAGUUCAGGUCGCCCAGGAAAGACGCGCUGGAGCUUCACAAGGCGGCGAUGGAAGGAGACCUCGAGAAGAUCAGGGAGCUCCUGCCGCGCAGCGACAUCAACAUGCGCAACGGCUGUAACAGGACGCCAUUGCAUGUCGCCGCAGCCGAGGGACACGUGGACGUCGUGCGUCUCCUCGCGGAGCAUAAGGCGGAUCUCGACCUGUGGGACAAUCACGGAGAGACGCCUCUGCUGACGGCCAUCGCCCGUCAGAAGCGGGAGUGUGUCUUUGUGCUGCUGGACCUCGGUGCCGACCCUGGCAUCGUCAAUCACCACGGCGACAGUGUCAUGCACCACGCAGCCAUGAUGGCCGACAUUCCUCUGGUGGAGCGCCUCAUAGAGUACUACAAAGUGAUCAACAACAUCAGCUUCCAGAACAAGGACCUCUUCACUCCGCUGCACCUGGCGGUCGCACGCAAUCACGACGAGACGGCCGAGUUCUUGCUGGAGAUGGGAGCCAACGAAAACUCCCAGUCUCUGUGCAAACGGACUCCCCUGAUGCUGGCGGCCACCUAUGGCUACCCGAAGAUGGUGCGGCUGCUCCUGCAGUACAAUGUCGACUUGUCACUCAAGGAUUCUGAGGGUCGCACUGCCACCGAAUUGGCUACACUGCAUGGACAUUAUGACUGUGCCUAUCUGCUCACCCAGUGUGCAUCCUUGAGCGCUGGCAAGUGCCGCUGUUACCGCUGCUUGGACAAAAACAUCCCCAUUGAGCACAUCAGGAGACGGGCGCUGCUGAGGAAAAAACAGCGGCUAAGGAAGGACGAGAAGGAGAAGCAGGAGGACCUCCAUGUUGGGGUGUUGGACAUGAUCCGUGAGGACUACAAGGAUGAGGUGGAGCUGCUGGACCGCCUGAAGAUGGAGCAGGAGCGGGCCGUGCAGCACGUCCGCUCAGGAAAGCCCAAGAACAAACAACUGAAGGAAGACAUCGAGCAGCUGACGGAUCAGAUCCGAGAGCUUCAGAAAGUGGAGAACCAGAGACGGAGCUGACGCAGCUGCAGGGCGAGCAGGAUGACACGGAGAUGUUGGCGCAGAGCGUGAACCUCCAGUGCUUUGAUGAAGCUCAUGGCUCAUCGGCGAAGUCGACUUCGGCAAGACGGCAUCUAAGGGCAGCCUCAAGACGACAGUCCAACCCAGGGGAGGAGAGCAUCACCAUGCUGUUACAGGAUGAGAUCGAAAGUCUGCAGAUAAAGAAGAAGCUGAUCAGGAUGGCAUCAGAGGGAACCGCGAAGGCAGCUGCCCUGUUGUCCGAUGGCUGUGCUCACCAUUAGUUGGGUGUCACCAGGGUGACAGGGACAAGCCUGGCGAUGCUGCACUGCAGGUUUACUGGACCACCGGGCCGGGUGAGCUGAAGAGGGUCCUUCAUUACCCCUCCACACAGGGCACCUCAUAUGAUGAUGGCUUUAGUGAAGAUGAGUACCUGGCCAGACUUGACCUUCAUGAUGAACGACAUCGAUGACGAGGACGCGGCUUGCUAUUACUGUACAGUUUGGGAUGCAUGGCGAGUGACAAAAGGGAGUCAUGAGUCUCAAAGGUGGUGGUCUUCAUGAGCUGUGAUAGCUCAACAAUUCAAAGGGGGGGCACCGCUGAUUACUGUUAUCUGGUUAAUCAAUAAAUGUGUAAGGCGUCA